AGGUAAACAUUGGCACUGGACACUGGCACUGCUGCUGCUUGGCUGGCUUGCUUCAUUGUUACUGGUACAGUAUUUGGUGAAGCUACAUUAGAAAAUCACACUAGUGACAUUCAAGUUUUAUUUUGCAAAGUUGUCCUCCAAGGCAGUCAUCUGCUGCCAUCCACUUGGGGGAAAUUCAUAAACAGGCAAUAGAAGUUACAGCCAUAUUUAAGAUGGAUGUUCAAAAGCAACAAGAAGAAAAGUUCAGAGAGGCUUGUUGCUUCGGUGACACUGAUGCUAUCAUGGCAUUGAUCUCAAGAGGUGUCAAUGUUAACAGUCAACAUGAAAUUAAUGGCUGGACUGGACUACACUGGGCUUGCAAAAGAGGGAAUACUGAGAUCAUUCAGUUGUUGAUGUCCAAUGGUGCUGAUGCAGAGAUUGAGAACAACCAAGCACAAAAACCAGCUAAUUUAACUACCAGUGCACAAAUACUACAACUCAUAGGUGCUGAGAUCCCACCAGCAAGUGAAAGAACAGUAACAAACACGGACUCUCUUCCAAUAACACCUAACUAUCUAGCAAAUCCUCCUGUUGACUACAAAGUACCUCCUGUAAAUCCAGUUGGUAUGAAGAACCCCUUUGGAAAACCUUUGGCAAAUGGAAUUGAAACUGCAGAUUCCUGCACUGUUUCACAAUAUGGAAAUGGUGUGGCUGUACAUCCCUCCACUCAAGCUCCUGGCUCUAACUAUCUGCAAGAUUCUUUGGCUAGACAAAACAAAGAAAUUGUGCUCAAAGUGCGACUUGCACAUUCAGAUGAUCCAGAUUUUAUUGAGAUUGAAUUUCAAAAAGCACAAAUCAACUAUAGUUCCUUGCUGACAACUUGCUGCAGAGAAAUGGCUGUAAAUCCUCAAUUGGUGGAAAGGAUAAGAAAGCUACCAAAUACUCGCCUUCGCAAUGACAAAGAUGUUCAACGCCUUACUGAUUACACUGAGCUGGAACUGGUAAUGAAGGGUCAGAGUCGUCCUCCUGUUGUACGAAGUGACACACAAUCCACCUCAAAAAAUAAUUACAGCUCAAUUCAUGGAUUCAAAAAUCAGACCAUAUUGUAUUAGGUGAAUACUUUAGUAUGGUACUUACUUUGCAUAUAAAACUGUAGUUUCACACUGAGAAUGGAAAGCAUUACUUCAUGUGUGUGUGUGUGUGUGUGUGUGUGUGUGUGUGUUUGUGUUUGUGUUUGUUGUUUGUUAGUUUGUUUACCUAGUUGCAUCCAGUACUUGACCUACAUAUAUGUGGUCCUGUCUUUUUAUAUGUGUUUAUGAGGUCCUUUAAUAUUGUGAUAUUUGCUUGCAUUUAAUUAAAUGUCAUUUCCCAUUAUGAAUUGCAUCCAUAUAUUUUCCUUGUAAUAAUUCUAUAGGACUUUUAGUCCUUGUGGCUUUUGCCUUUCUUAAUUUUGUACUGUAUAUUGUUAAAAUUUAUAACUUCAUAUCUACGAGUAUAGGAUAUGUGUCAUGAAAGGUGUUUAAUAAAAAAUUGUGAGACAUUGUAUACCAAUGCACCACACACAUUGUUUGUGAUGUGCUUGAAAUUUUGUUUUUAGGUCUUGUUCUUCAAGUACAUGAUGUCAAAACUGAAAGCUUCCACUUGAAACUUGAUUUCAUGGAAGAGGAAGAACUUUUAGAAAGUCAAGCCAGAUGUAUAAGGAAAAUGGGGACCAACUAUCAAGUUAUCAUGGAUGAAAUGCCUUCUUUUCAACACAGUGGCAUUGAUUGUUAUCAUGAUAGAUUGAGAAGCCUUUACAUGAUGGCAAUUAUAUGAUGCUUGUUCUAAUUGGACUAAGGAUUGCAUGAAUUGUUCCCAAAGACUGUUGGCAAAUUCUUGAUGAUCCCAGGAUACUGAUAAUCAAGUUUAUUUUAUAUUUUAUUUUAUUUAUUGCUUAAUUGUUUAAUUUCUUUAUUUAUUUUUUAUCUUGUUUAUUUAUUUCAAUUAUUUUUUUUAUCCUUUAUUGUUAUUAUUUUUAUUUAUUUAUUUUCUUUUUCCUUAUAUAUUUUUCAAUUUUUUUUUGAAGGAUUACCAUAACUUCUCUUCAUUCUGCCAUGACAAUAUGUUCUUUUGGAAUUGAGUUAUGUUUAGGGCACCAUCUCUGCUGACAUGCUUUAUCAUUUUAUGGAUCUCCCAACAUUUAGUUCCUGCAUUUGAGAUGUCAAGCAACAGAGGGACCUAUGCACCAAAGAUUGUUCUGCUGAAAUACAGAUACCAUCUGAAAUAUGUAGAAACCUACCUUUUUGACCUCCUUUAUUAAAAACUUAACUGAUGACAAGGCUGAUGAUUUUAUUUAUUUAUUUUUUUUAUUUAUUUAUUUAUUUUAUAUAUUUAUUAUUUUUUUCUAUCCCAUGUUUAUGUUCCUCUUCCCUAGUUUUUCACACCACUGCUCUCAUUUCUUUUCUAGUAUGUGUAUUUACCUAGUUUUAUUGUACAGGGUUCGAGCGGGGCUCAUAGUGUCCUGUCUACAUGUCUUCAUUUAUCCAAUAUUUCUUUUAAAGUUAUGCAUAAUAUGUGUUAUAACAACUUUAUCACUUAAUGCAUUCCACUUUUCCACUGUUCUAUGUGGAAAACUGUAUUUUUCAAUAUCCUUUACACACUGCCUCAUUCUAAUCUUCUUUACAUGUCCUCUUGUCCUUCCAGCUUCUUCUGUCACCAACACCAGGUCUUCCUUGUCAAUCUUUUCAGUGCCAUUUCGUAAGGUUGGCAGUUCCAUUCCCUUCAGCCUUUCCUUGUAUGUUAGGUCCUUUAGUUCCAGCACCAUCUUUGUAGCUAUCUUCUCAAUACAUUCUAAUUUUGUAUCUUUUUUUAAGCUUGGUAACCACACCACUGCUGCAUAUUCCAUAUUUCAUCAUAUCUUUGUCCAUGUAUUGAAAUGCACUCUAAUAUUAGUCAAUAUUUUAUAUGCUAAUCCAAAUAUCUUACUUAUGUGUUUUUCAGGGUUCAGAUUUUCUUGUAUAACCACUCCCAAAUCUUUUUCCUCUUUAGUCUUCAUUAUCUGUUCCUCUCCCAUCAGAUAGUUCCAUACCAGUCUUCUCUUACUCUUUCCUAGAAAAACUUGGGUUCCUCUUUGCUUUUUUGCUCCACAUCUUUCUCAAAGUUUCUUUCUUCCUCUCUCCUAACUCUAAUAUAUUAAUUUCUCGCAUUCUUGUACUGCUGUCGGUUGUUUUCAUUUCUCUGUUUUUUUAGUUUCUUCCAAGCUUUAUUUUUUUCCCUAUUAACUUCUAUACAUCUGGCAUUGUACCAAUCAUGUAUACUUUUCUUUACUCUAUAUUUCUUCACUCCUUUGUUAUAUUUCUGUAGGAAUGUUUCAUAUUUUCCCUGUAUUGUCCUUUCUGUUUCUUUCUGUUUCUGUUGUUUUCUGUUUCUCGUGCGUGUGUGUGUUUAUAAAUGCUCUUGUAAUGGUAUCUAUGAUUAGUUAAAAGACCAAAGAACUAUGCUUUAUAUGAAAUAGCUAUCUAUUUAAUGCAUGAUAUGUUCAUUUCCCUCAUGUUUUCUUUUUUUUUCUCUUUUUUCCAAUAUAUAUGCAAGUUGUUUGU